UCCGGUGCCCUCUGUUCCUCUUUCGGCACAAAUCCACUAGAAAUGGAAAGCUACGUAGCCGGAUAACUUUUGUGUUGUUUUAUUUAUUGAAUAAACCCACUUGAUGUCGAAGAUAUGGAAUCCAAAAUAAAAUAGCAGUGCACAACUUGUAUUAACAUUACUGCAGGGCUCCAUCACGUAGAAGCGGCCACCACCGAAAUGACCAACCUGAACUGGAAACCGUUCAUCUACGGAGGGAUGGCCUCUAUUGUCGCAGAAUUCGGUACAUUCCCCAUAGACCUGACUAAGACGCGGCUGCAGGUGCAGGGCCAGUCCCAGUACAUGGAGGUGCGCUACCGGGGCAUGUUCCACGCCCUGUUCAAGAUCGGCAAGGAGGAGGGCAUCAAGGCACUGUACUCUGGCAUCUCCCCAGCUCUCCUGAGGCAAGCCUCCUAUGGGACCAUCAAGAUUGGGACAUACAACACACUGAAGAGGUUAUUUGUGACCCAUCCAGAAGAUGAGACCAUGGUGAUCAAUGUGUUCUGUGGAGUGGUGUCUGGAGUCUUGUCCUCCUCUCUGGCCAACCCCACUGAUGUUGUCAAGAUCCGUAUGCAGGCACAGGGCAGUCUGUUACAAGGCAGUAUGAUGUCCAACUUCAUUAGCAUCUACCAGACAGAGGGAACCCGUGGCCUGUGGAGGGGCGUCAUCCCUACAGCUCAGCGGGCAGCCAUCGUAGUUGGAGUGGAGCUUCCUGUCUAUGACAUCACUAAGAAGCACCUCAUCAAGUCUGGCACCAUGGGAGACACCAUACUCACACACUUUAUUUCCAGUUUUAUGUGUGGCCUGGCGGGGGCGCUAGCCUCCAACCCAGUGGACGUAGUGCGGACACGUAUGAUGAACCAGCGAGUGCUGUCAGGGAACCCCAUGUAUAAAGGCACGCUGGACGGAGUAAUGCAGACAUGGAAGAACGAGGGAUUCUUUGCCCUCUACAAGGGCUUCUGGCCCAACUGGCUGCGGCUGGGGCCAUGGAACAUCAUUUUCUUCAUCACGUUCGAGCAGCUGAAGAAACUCAACUUGUAGUUGGAACAGGAAGUGGACACUCCGUCGGAUUAGAUGCAGGGAUGGGCAACUCCAGUCCUCUGAGGCCGGAGUGUUGUCCCACUUCUUCCCCAUCCCGAGAAAACACCACUGAUUAAGGCCAGGCACCAUACAUACCCUAUUGGCCAGGCACCAUACAUACCCUAUUGGCCAGGCACCAUACAUACCCUAUUGGCCAGGCACCAUACAUACCCUAUUGGCCAGGCACCAUACAUACCCUAUUGGCCAGGCACCAUACAUACCCUAUUGGCCAGGCACCAUACAUACCCUAUUGGCCAGGCACCAUACAUACCCUAUUGGCCAGGCACCAUACAUACCCUAUUGGCCAGGCACCAUACAUACCCUAUUGGCCAGGCACCAUACAUACCCUAAAGAAAUCUUAAUCAUAUAACAAUCAACUUUUCCUAGUUGAAUGUAGACAAAGUUUUGUAUAAAUGUUUGAAAUAUUAAGAUAUGCAAAUUAGGUAAUACAUAUACAUAUUUGCAUACCAUACAAAUUCAUUUUUUAUAGAUGUUGGAUGAAUUCUGCCUAGACGUUUGUUUCAGUUUAAGACACUCCAGGACCGGACUUGUCCAGAGCAGAUUCUGGAUAAACUUGUUAUCUUUAAAAUACUAAAGACUUGUAUAAUAAAACAUUUUAAAAAAUGUUAUCUAGAAUUUUAAAAAGUUACAUCAACAAUUCCCCCUGGGCAAGUCUGGAGAAUGUAUCUAAGGAUAACUACACACAAUUCAAAAGCAGAUGCUUCUGAAGCUGAGAAAAACAAGUUGGCGGUGUGGUGCCUGGCCUUAAACUGAAGAUCAUUAUUAGUUGAUUAUUGGAGUCCAGUGUGUUAGCUUGGGCUAAAGUGUGACAACAAUCAGGCCCCCGAGGACUGGAGUUGCCCAUUACUGGUCUAUAGUGUGUUAGAGAGCGGGAAACCCCACAACACCCCAGCCCACGUGUCAAACUCAUUCCAUGGAGGACCGAGUGUUCAGGUUUUCGCUUCUCCCUUGUACUUGAUUGAUGAAUUAAGGUCACUAAUUAGUAAAGAACUCCUCAUACCUGGUUGUCUAGGUCUUAUUUGAAAGGAAAAAACAAAAACCACUAGGCCAGAGUUAUUCAACUCUUACUCUACGAGCCUGCUGGUUUUCUGUUCUACCUGAUAAUUAAUUGCACACACCUGAUAUCUCAGGUCUAAAUCAGUCCCUGAUUAGAGGGGAACUAUGAAAAAUGCAGUGGAACUGGCUUUGAGGUCUAGAGUUGAGUUUGAAAACACUAGGCCCUGCAUGGAAUGAGUUUGACGCCUCAAGCCCUCCGUCCUUGUUACAUUCACAAUCCCUCCCUCUGUCACACAAUCUAUAUGUCUGUGCAUGCUCAUCUAAGUGUUUUUUUAGUUUUAUUUGAACAUUUAAUAAUAUUGAUAGUAUACAAAAACAAACAAUUAAAGUUAUUAGUUGUAUUUUUUGUUUUUUAAAAACACUUCUUCAUACCCCUCAACCACCCUUGAUGCCUCUCCUGGCAGCUAAAGAUUAGGUUGUAGCUGAGGACGGAAGCCUGUUUGGGCCAAUAGGUAUUAGAUAGGUACGUUGCCUGCCAGCUUGCUACCUUCUUAGUGAGGAGGAGGACUAUCCUGGGAGGAAUGGGAACUGGAGAUCUACUUGAGCUUAUUUAGAGAGAUGUGGAAUGGGCCUCUGAUUGUGUCUGACCUAGUUUUUAACCGCAUCUCUGCUCUGCAUGGGACAUGCAGGAAAAAGACAAAGGUUUUGUGUAAUUUCAGCCAGAAAGUAGUGCUCACGAGCCAAAACUGUUUCUGACAAUUGUGCAUAGUUGUGUACGUCAACUAUUUUGUACAUGUUCCGUCCUGAAAUUAAAAAAAAAAAAAAAUCUUCCUACAAUUCAUAUGAUAUGUUACGUAUUCCAAUUCGUACAAUAUGUUACAAAUGUAAAGAUCUGGUUCAAUCUCUUUAAAUGUUUAGAAUUGUAGGUUUGCCUGUCUGAUCUGACAUUUGAAUAAUCUAUUCACUGUUUUGGGCAACACUAGCUAGCAGAGGAUGCAUGAUGGGUUAACCGGGUUUUUAUUGUCAAAUAAUUUAUUCUCAAUGACUUACCUUUUUAAUAAAAGGUUACAAUACAUUGUGUUUACUCUGUUAGAGGAACUCAGGACAAAGCUGAGACUGUAUCUGUAUGGCCAAUAAGAUGGGAUUGGGGACUCUUUUGUCAUUACUUGAAUGCAGUCUGUUGUUGAGCCAAAGCCACCAGUUGUUCCCCGAAGAGUGACUGCUUUCUGUGCAUGUCACUACAAAAAAAAAAAAAAAAAAAAAACCUGAUAAGUUGUUGGCGCACGCACAAAUUCUACUGUAAAAAACAUGUCACUUUUUGUCAGAAGGUAGUAUAACUAUUGAAAGGUUUUAGAUUAUGUUAUUUUCCUUUGCCCUCUCCAAGUCCCCUGAGCUCUGUGUGAAACAGAGUUCUGUUUUUUCUUGCCCGGAACAGGCAUUGCAGUGGAAGCAAUUAAGACAUUUCUUGGACCUGCUUGGUUGCCAUGGUGAUUCCCAUAAAAGUACAUUAUGUACAGAGAGACAAACAUUUUAAGGCGGAUACACCAUAUUGUGACAGGCAUGUCUAGCUUGUACAUAAAGCUACUUCAGAGUACUUGCUUUUUGUUUCUAUUUUGAGGUUUGUGUAAAGCCCUGAAUAGAAAUGGCCUGUAGUACUAGGAUAUGGGGGUCGUAGUACCAAAGUGUGCAUGUACUGUACUGCACCGCUGUUGUAAAGCUCUGUCCCUGAAUAGGUCUUAACUGCACUGUUACAUACUUACUCAAGCCUUACACUUUACUUUCAUAAUAAUGUUUCUAAUUUCUAUGAUGCCUCUUUCUGUGCCUCUGCCUCAUGUCCCAUGGUCAUGUUGAGUUGUGUUUUUACUAGAAUGACAAGUUUUGUUGUAGCAUUUCCAGAUCAUGUAUAUGGAUGUUAGUUGUGAGAGAUGUGGGUGUUAUGUACUGUGUAAUUAAUUGAAACCAACGUCCUGUUUUCUUUAGGUUUGAUUUUUACAGAUCAUGCUUACGGGCAGCAGAUGGCCUAGCGUUUAGAGUGUUCAGUCAGUGACCGAAAGGUUGCUAGUUCAAACAAGUUGAAAAAUGUGUCUGUGCCCUUGAGCAAGGAACUUAGCCCUAAUUGCUCCAUGAUCGCCGUUGAUAAUGGCAGACCCUGGCCGUGACGCCACUCUCCAAGGGUGUCUGAGGGGGAGUUGGGAGAUGGAAAAAAAACAAAAAAACAAUCACAAAUGCGUAUGAAUACAAACUUGUACAUGUGUGAAAUAGGACAAUUAUAAGCAUUCAUUUGUUGUUUCAGCAGUCAUGUUUUAAUAAGCCGUCCUUUCAGCUUUUUCAGCUUUAUCAUGAUGAUGUGUCUUUACCAUCAUGAUGUAAUACUUUUUUCCCACAGAGAAUAUUGUGUGGGUUUCUUUCCUUUUAAACACAUCCAUUGUUUGUGUGGAGGAGACUAUUAUAUUGGCUAAUAUAUUUAGUCAGAUUUAUUGAAAAAUAUGAAUGAAUAACUUAUAUUUUUAUUGGAUCGAAUUUCUUUCCAAAGCUUUAUCUAUUUUUUAAAUGACCUCAUGUUUUCCCAUAUGAACUUAACAAAGAACACUUUCUUGAAGUCUUGAACUUGUUUCCCCUUUACUCAAAAAUGCAGAGUAUGUUAUGUAGUUAUUUGUCUCUAAUUGCUGUUAUUUUAUAAUGAUUAUUGGACAAUUAUUGCAUUUAUACAACCCAUAUAGUUGGCUCCAGCUGCAUUCUGGUAACCACAAAUGGAUUAUUACUAUUAUUAUUAGUACAUUUUCAGUUCAUUCACUUCAGGGAGUGAUUUGAAUUUCCAAUUUAAGAAUAGAAAAAACCCUAACCCUUCAAUCAUUGUAUUGGAAUUUCAGAAUUGACCAACCCUGAAUGCUUUCUCUUCAUAAUCCUGUCUAUCUUCUUAUAUCAUGAAAAUGACAGUACAAUGUUGUCAUUCAGCUGUUACCAUUUGACUCCUUAGACUUGCCUUACUGUAUUGUUUUUCAGUUCCUUCAGAAUGUAUUCAUACCCUUUGACUUAUUCCACAUUUUGUUGUUACAGCCUGAAUUCAAAAUUGAUUUUCUCACCCAAUGCCCCAGAAUGACAGUGAAAACACAUUUUUAGACAUUUUUGCAACUGUAUUGAAAAAUGAAAUACAAAAAUAUAUAAUUUACAUACAGUGCCAGUCAAGAGUUUGGACACCUACUUAUUCCAGGGUUUUUCUUUAUUUUUCUUUAUUUUUUACUAUUUUGUAGAAUAAUAGUGAAGACAAACUAUGAAAUAACACAUAUGGAAUCAUGUAGGAGAAAAAAAGUAUUAAACAAAUAAAAAUACAUUUUAUAUUUGAGAUUAUUCAUAGUAGCCACCUUUAGUGUGUGCAAAGCUGUCAUCAAGGCUAAGUAUUCACACCCCUGAGUCAAUACAUGUUAGAAUCACCGUUGGCAGUGAUUUACAGCUGUAAAUCUAUCUGGGUAAGUCUCUAAGAAUUUUGCACACCUGGAUUGUACAAUAUUUGCACAUUAUUAUUUAAACAAUUCUUCAAGCUCUGUCAAGUUGAUUGAUCAUUGUAAGACAGCCAUUUUCAAGUCUUGCCAUAGAUUUUCAAGCCAAUUAAGACAAAACUGUAACUAGACCACUCAGGAACAUUCAAUGUCUUCUUGGUAAGCAGCUCCAGUGUAUACUUGGCCUUGUAUUUUAGGUUAUUGUCCUGCUGAAAGGUGAAUUGGUGUCUGUUGGAAAGCAGACUGAACCAGGUUUUCCUCUAGAAUUUUGCCUGUGCUUAGUUCCAUUCCGUUCCUUUUUAUCCCCCCCAAAAACACCCUUCCUGAUGACAAGCAUACCCCUAACAUGACAACCAUGCUUAAAAAUAUGACCUCAUGUUUUCCCAUAAAUGAAGAGUGGUACUCAGUGAAGUUGCAUUGGAUUUGUCCCAAACAUAACACUUUGUAUUCAGGACAUAAAGUAAAUUUCUUUGCCACAUUUUUAACUGUUGUACAUUCGUGCCUUAUUGCAAACAGGAUGCAUGUUUUGGAAUAAUGUUUAUUCUGUACAGGUGUCUUUCUUUUCACUCUGUCAUUUAAGUUAGUUUUGUGAAGUAACUUCAAUGUUGUUGAUCCAUCCUCAGUUUUCUCCUAUCACCUCGUGGAGAAAUACCUGAGCGGUUUCCUUCCUCUCCGGCAACUGAGUUAGGAAGGAUGCAUGCAUCUUUGUAGUCAUUGGGUGUAUUGAUACACCAUCCAAAUUGUAAUUAAUAACUUCACUGUGCUCAAAGGGAUAUUCAAUGUCAGUUUUUUCUUUUUUUUGACCCAAUAGGUGCCACCCUUUGCGAGGCAUUGGACCUCCCUGGUCUUUCUGGUUUAAUCUGUGUUGUAUAUGUGGGGUACAGAGAUGAGGCAGUCAUUCAAAAAUCAUGUUAAACACAAUUAUUGCACACAGUGAGUCAAUGUAACUUAUUAUGUGAUUUGUUAAGCACAUUUCUCCUGAACUUAUUUAGGCUUGCUAUAACAAAGGGGUUGAGUACUUAUUGACUCAAGACAUUUCAGCUUUUAAUUUUUUAAUUAAUAAAAAACAAUGUCAAGCAUAAAUCCCUUUGAUAUUAUGUGGUAUUGUGUGUAGGCCAGUGACACAAAAUCUACUUUUAAUCCAUUUUCAAUUCCGGCUGUAACACAACAAAAUAUGGAAGAAGUCAAGUGGUAUGAAUGCUUUCUGAAGGCUUGAUGACAGUAAAUCGUAUUUAUUUCUGUUUUCGUGGUUGUAUUCUCUACUGCUGUAUGACUCAGCUGGCUGGGACACUGUUUGGUCUCUGUCAGAUCUUUUAGCCUGUCAUAUUACCUGGUCAUGUGCACUUUGGUAAAAUGUCUGUCGAUAAAAAUGUAUUUGCAAUCAUAUUUAUAAUCGUUUUGCUUGUUUAGUCAAUUGAUUGUAUGGUUGAUUAGUUAUGUGUAAACUAUUUUCAGUUACAGAUUGGAUUUGACCUUGUAUAAAUAACAAGUAUGUAUACUUCCGAAAUAAAAUACAGCAUAUCCACUGA